AUGUUUAAGCUGCACAAGAACAGGUCUCCGAAAUCAGAUGACAGAAUUGAGUUCAGAAUCUCUCAUUUCAAGGCCUCUCAGGUACCCAAGGGAUGGGAUAAGCUGUUUGUUUCUGUUGUCUCCGUAGGAAAUGGUAAAACAAUUGCAAAGUCAAGCAAAGUGCCCGUGCGUAAUGGAAGUUGUCAGUGGUCGGAUGCUUUUUCAGAAUCUGUAUGGGUUUCAAGAGAUAAUUCUUCUAAGGAGAUUGAUGAUUGUCUCCUCAAGCUCACUGUUGGAUCAUCAAAAUCUGGCAUCCUGGGGGAGGCCACUGUUAGUAUGACCAGCUAUAUGAGUUCAGAUGCUGCUAUUCCACUCUCAGUCCCACUGAAAAAGUGCAACCAUGGGACAGUUUUGCAUGUAACUGUGCAGUGCCUUACACCGAGAACGAAACACAGGGGUCAAGAAUCAAGUGAGACAAAUACCAAUUUGAAGGGCCAGAAUGAAAAUAAUCAUGAUGUGGCUGUCAAGUCAAAUGGAUCUGUUUGUUCAUAUGUACAGAGUGUUGAAUCUUCCUCUGUUGACGAUUUGGAUUCUCUCUUAUCCACUGGAGAAGUUGAGGCUAGGGCAACAAGCUUCUCUGGAUCUGUAUCAAAUUGCAGCUAUAACUCAGCUGAGGGUUCCACAGGAAGGGGAAACUUCUCCCCAUGUGUCAGUGAUGGGCAGAGCCCUACUGGAAGACAAGAUUCAACCAGUUCCCAGAAAAGUGUAUCCCAUCACGAUUACCCUGUGAAUAAAUCUUCUCAGUCAAAUCAUUCAUCAUUUAAUUCCCAGAGUAUGCAAGACGUUGGUGCAUCAUCUUCUAAGAUGAUCAAUGCUUCUAAUAACCGUCUGGAAGCUGCAGGAGACUCAAGUGUAGAGCUACGCGCAGAAGCAAAGAUGUGGGAGAUGAAUGCCCGAAAGCUAAUGGGUGAUUUGGACAUAUCAAGGACAGAAUUCUCAGAUCAGUCCAAUAAACUGGCAGAUCUGGAAAUGGACCUUUCAGCAGCAUAUGUAGAGCGUGAUAGUUUGAAAAAAGAAGUUGAACAGUUAAAAUUGUCAUUCGAGAAUCCAAUAGUGAAACAGAAAGCAUUGGAAGAUUCAAUAUCUCAAGGUGAAUGUAUUCCAGAAAUUGAAAAGGCUCUAAAAGAUGAAUUGAAGUUUCAGAAAGAAUCCAAUGCCAACUUGUCUUUGCAACUGAAUAGGAGCCAAGAAGCAAAUGUUGAGCUUGUUUCUGUUCUCCAGGAGCUGGAAGAGACCAUAGAACGCCAGAAAAUUGAGAUAGAAAACCUUUCAUCAUUGCCCUCAAAAGUCAGUGAUCUGGAUAAUUCUUUCCAACUGAGUAUAGAAGAAAACAGGAGCUUAAUGCAACAACUAGAACACUUAGAGGAAUCAAAGAAAAAUCUGCUGGUUAAGGUGCAAGAGGUGGAAGAUGCCUUGGAGGACAAAAGGCGAGACACUGAUCAUAAAAAGUUUCCAAACAACAAAACCCUUUCGCAUAUUGAAAUGGAAUAUGAAAGCAAAUUAUCUACUAAAGAGGAAGAAAUUUUAAAUUUGAAAACAAAGCUGUUUGAAUCUCUUCCAGAAAGCUGUAAUGCGGAGACUGUGUCCAGAAAUGCAGGUGAUGCAGAUCUUUUGAGGGAAAUCGAAGCGCUGAAAGAGAAAGUUCAAGAACUUGAGAUGGACUGCAAUGAGCUGACAGAUGAAAACCUUGAGCUUUUAUUCAAGCUAAAAGAAGCAAAGAACAAUUCAAAAGAUGGAGGGGCAUGUGAAGAUCUUUUGUCGAACAAGCUCAGAGAUCAAUCUUUUGCUAGCUUUGAGUCUGAAGCAAGCAACAAUUUAUUUCGAAUAUUCCAUUCUGAAGACAAGCUCCAUGGGGAAAACACCAAGAAGAUUAGCAGUGAUGAUCAUGUUUCAGUUCAAGAGCUUGAAAAAUUAGCUCUAGAAGUCAGAAUCACUGAUCUGAAUAAGGAACUAACUAAUAAAACAUCCGAGACAGAAAAUCUCGAGGCUAACUUGUCAUCUAAAGAAAAGGAGAUUGGGGUUCUGCAGAAGCUCGUGAGUAAGUUGGAAGCCAAGGUUUAUCAUCUUGAACAAGAAAAUAGUCAACUAGAGGAACACAUGGAGGUCAUGAUGAAAUCAAGAAAGCAUGAACUGGACCUCCACAUAUCAGAGAUAAAACAAGAAAAAGAACAAUUGUCGAGGCACGUUUCUGUUUUAGAAGCUCAACUGAGAAAUUUGACAAAUGAACAAAUGUCCCGUUUAUCAGAACUAGAGAACUCUAGAUAUGAAGCUGAAAGGCUUCAAGAGAAGAUUAUGGAGAUGCAGUCUGAGAUGGAUUCUUCGAAAGAAGAUUUGAAACAAAAAUUAAAGGUGACACAAUUUCAAUGUUCAGAAGCACAAGAAGAAUGUGAAUAUCUCAGAGGAGCUAAUCAGCAGUUACAAAUUACCAAUAAGAAUCUUGCAGAAGAAUGCAGUUCUUGUAAGAAGCUAAAUGGAGAUUUGAGGCAGAAAAAGCUGGAUUUAAAGGAGCAUUGCUCCCUCAUGGAAGCCAGGUUGAGGGAGUCAGAUCAAAGAUUUGGUGAUUGCUCUGAAAGAGUGGAACUCUUAGAAAAGAAACUUGUUUUGAUGCUGGAAGAUAUUGCAUCAAAAGAGAAGCUUCUAACUUCAGAUUUAGAGGGUUUGAUUGAUGAAAAUAGGAAACAUAUGGAGCAGGGUCAAAGCUUGUUGAAUCAGAUGCAAUUGGAGAAGAUGGUAGAAAUUCAGAACCUUGAACUAGAAAUUGAGAACCUCACCAUGAAACUUUCAGCAAUUUAUGAUGAAAAAGAGAGAAUAGCUUCCAAUGCUUCCCUUGAAGUAUCCUCAUUGCGCGCUAAUAAAGCCCUACUGGAAUCUGCUUUUGAAGAAGUUCAAUCUAAAUUGAAUUUGUCUAAGACCGAGGUUAAUAUGAUGCAGACUCAAUAUGAACAAAAGCUGAAAGACCUAACAACUGAGCUUGCUGAUUUCAAAAUUAAGGAGGAAAUGCUGAUGGCUGAACAUGAAAAGUUGUUGAAGCUGGUGGAGGAUUACAAAUCAAGAGAACUGCAAUUAAAAAGCACUAUGAAUGCCCUUGAAAUAAAACUUACAGUCACUGAAUAUGAAAGACAGCAAUUCAUGGACGAAUCUGAAAAUUUAAAGGUUCAGUUGCACCAGGCACAUCAAUUUGAGAAUGAGAUUAGGGUUCUCAAGAAUGAACUCAUUGCUUCCAAUUCUGAGAAAGAGAGACUGGAAUCCUCAUUGCACCUGACAUCUGAACUAUGUGAAGAUCUGAAGGCAGAGAAGACAUCAUUUGGACUGAAGAUAUUAACCUUGGAGAAGGCUGCGUCUGAAUUGGAGGACUGCAACAGAACUAGAGCAUCCCUAGAAGAAAGGCUUAUGCAGUUGGAGAAUGACUUGAAGGCAAGAGAAACAAGAUGUGUCCAGGAUACUGAGCUCAGUCACAUCAAAAGAAUAAAUAGGCAGCAUCAACAGACCAUACAACUGCUUGAGCAGGAAAAGGCUGAGUUUCAGACAAAGGCCCGAGCACUUGAAGAAGAACUGAAACUGAUUAAGGAACAAAAACGAAAUCAAGUCUUGAAGUUAAACAGGAAAUGUUUACCCGUUCACGAAGAUCCGAAGGCCUCAAAAAAUCCUGUGGGGAAGAAUUCCAAUCAAAACCGCAGUAAUAGGAAAAAACCAUCCUUAAAGAAUGACAGAGAAGUCACGAAAGAUCAAGAGGACCUUUAUUACAUCAAAAAACAUCAGACUGAGGUGGAGAGUGAACAUGGAAUUCUUGAUGAAAGUGUUCAUGUUGUUGAAGUAGAUCCAGCAUCGAAGAUUCAACCUGAACAAGUAAAAACAAAAGAAGCAAAUAACAACUGUGAAAUUCAACUUAACAGGUCACCAUCUCAAGGCCAAAACAACCAGACUAAUGGCCGAGUAAAAUCAAUGAUUGAAGGAGAAGUAGUGACCAAAGAAAGAUUUGAAAGUACCAAAUCAAUGCUAGAGGCAGAGUUAAGUGAUAUUCAGGAGCGCUACUUCCACAUGAGCCUUAAAUAUGCUGAGGUAGAAGCUGAGCGUGAAGAACUUGUCAUGAAGCUCAAGGUGGCCAAAAACAAAAAAGGAUGGCUCUCAUAG